AUGUCAAAAUCUUUAGAAAAAAUAAAAAAAUCAAAUAAAGAAGAUCCCUCCAUUGGUUUGAAAUAUCAAAAUGAUCAUGAUGGUCAUGCAUUAACAAUUAUUUUCGAUCAUAUAAUUGAUACCCCAAAUUUUUCAAAAUCAACAAUCACUGAAAAUCUAUCAGUGCUUUCCACACAAAAACUUAAAUUUUUAUCCGAAAUUCAAGAAAUUUCGAAUAUUAUCAACACAAUAAAACAAAAGAGUUUAACUGGUUUAAAUCAUUUAAUCAAUGAUAUUUUCAAAUCUUAUAGCAGUUUUAAAAUCCGACACCCAGUUUUAUUUUUAAACUUUGUAAGGCUCAUCUUUAUUGUGUUUUUUAAUAAAACCUAUCAAAAAAAUUAUUUAAAAAUAAUUAAAAAAGAAACCCAUCUGCCUGCUUUCUCUAGACAGACCCGAAAUAAUUUCAGCCUUAAUACAAUACUAAGCAAUGGAUUUUUCAAAAAAGUCAAAUUAUCUCUUCAACUUAAGGGUUUACUUGUUCCAAUGUUUAAAAUAAAUUCUUCAAAUAUUAUGAAACCUAUUCAAACAAUUAUAAAAAGAAUUACAUCUAUUUAUUCUGAUACCACAAGCUCUGUUAGCAAAGUUACUCAAGAUAUCUCCAAAAAUUCAAUUGAUAAUGUUUACUCUGAUAUCACAAACUCUGUUACUCGAGGUAUCUCCGAAAUGUCAAUUGCUAAUGUUCCUGGUUAUCAAGGUUUAAACUCACCGGACUUAACACCCAGUUUCUACGAUAUUGAUUUACACACUAGUGAUAAUGACAUUAUCGACAUAUUGCUAAACACCAAUCCAAUAAUGAUUCCAUCUAUUAAAAUCAAUCUACCAUCUGAAAAACCACUUUUGUUCGAAAGCUAUGCUCAAUAUGUAAACUAUUUAAAACCAAUGGUAACAAAAGAAUUUAUCAAACAAAUAGAAAACAGUAUCGAAAAUUCUUUUGGAAUAGAAGUUAGAGAUGAAAAAUUCAAAGACCUUAAUAAAUUAAAAAUGAACCCGGUUGCAUUGGUUGAGGGAGUAGUAAUAAGAAGAGAAAGCUGUGAGGCUACCUUUGAAAUAAAAUACAAAACCCGUUCAGAAGAAAUUAAUCCACGUGACCUUUUACUUGUACAAGUCUCGUAUAAAUUUUUCAUGUGCGAGGUUAUUAGCGAUUUGAAAAAGGCAAACCAUUUAGAGAAAAAAAUAAUCUGCAAAUUUGGCAAUUUUGAAAACCUAUCAAAUGAACUCUUAAAACAAAACCCCCGUGUUUCUUAUGUAAAAGUUAAUGCUUCAGUAACUUUCAGAAGAGAAAUUGAGACCCUUCAUUUAUUAAAAGAUAAGAAAUUGUUAUUCAAAAGUUUAGUCUCACCCUCAUAUUUUCGCCUCACAUCAAAUGAAGAUCAGGAAAUUAUUAAAAUUUUAAAUGAUCCUCAAAAAGAAGCAGUUAAUGAAAAUACAUUUUAUAAUGAUAAAACUUGGAAGGACUACAUUGAUAUAAUUGACAAUAUGUCGGGAAUUAAAGUAUUAACUAAAGAAGGAAUCAAUGUUAUGAAUCAAAACUUAAAAGAUGCUCAAUUACCAGAUAUUUGUGGUAAUUUCGAUGUUAAAGAGGAAGAGCAUUUUGAAGAUGAAGAUGAGCCAAUAGGAGAUAAUAUAAAAGAUGAACAAAACGAAGAAUACUAUAGUCCAGAGAAUUUACAAGGUAGCGAAAAAGAAUAUUUAGAUUUAAUUAAAACCAAUCCAAAUUAUUUUUAUUCAAUAAUCUCAAAUUUAUCAAACGAUAGAACAAGUAAAAUUUUUGUACAAACUUAUAUUAAACUCAUAAUUGAGUCAGAUGUACCUGUACCUGAAAGUAAAAGCGAAUUCAUCAAUUAUUUAGAAUUAAAAGCCGAAACCUUGAAAGAAAAUAGCAACAGCUUACAAAGAAAGAAUAACAGCUUUAAUACUUUAGAAAACUUUUUAAAAAAUGAAUUCCCAACUGGAAAAUUAUAUAAAUAUGGCUCUUUUGUUACUCGUUUAUCAAGUCCCGAUAGUGAUAUCGAUGUCACCCUCAUCGAUAGCUCUCAACCCUACAAUAUGGUAUUACAAAAAUUAAAAAACAAACCAAGAUAUGAUAAUUUUGAAACAAGACCAGAUGCGAAAGUACCAAUUAUUAGAUUUUGUGAUAAAAUCAAUCUUGUUAAAUUUGACCUGAGCUUUAACAUUGGAGAACCAAACCAAAAUUCUAAUUUCUUUAUAUCAGAACUAAAAGACAAAAAAUAUUUAAAAGAAUUGAUUUUAUUGGUCAAACAUUACACAGAAAAGGCAAAUAUUAAAGAUGCCUCUCAAGGUUAUUUUUCAUCCCAUGCACUAACUAUUAUGGCAAUUUAUUUUUACAAAACUUUGGUUAGAUCCAAUCUCAACAUUCACAAAUUAUUGCAUUCAUUUUUUUUAUUCUAUAUUAAAUUUGAUUACAAUAAAAUAAUUUCGAUCAACACAAAUGUAAUGGAAUCAUUUAGAAGCUUUGAUACAAAAAUUAAAAUUCAAGAUGUAAUUGACAAUCAAAGAAAUGUCGCUAGUGGUAUUAAACUUUCAAAUUUUAAAAAAAUAAUGGUAGAGUUUUCAAGAAUUGAAUAUCUAUUAAGAAACUAUGGAGAAUUCAUCAAUCAUGAAUUAAAUAAAAAAAAUUAA